GUGUCUCUCGCCCUCUCUCUAUUUCUCUCUCCCACUCCCUCCCUCCCUCACUUGCUCCCUCCUCCUCUCUCGGGUCUCUGUCGCGCUCUGCGUGCCUUGUGUGGAAAACAUGGAGCCCAACAGUCCCAAGAAGAUCCAGUUCUCUGUGCCACUGUUCCAGAGCCAGCUGGACCCGCAGGCCGCCGAACAUAUCCGGAAGAGAAGACCCACACCUGCCACCCUGGUCAUCUACAAUGAUCCACAUGCAGCUGAUGAUAAACAGACACCCAGUGGCCAGGGAGAGGCUCCCGGCACACAGCUCUCCCCUGCACAGAGGAAGCAAAGUGUUUACACGCCGCCCACCAUGAGAGAGCUGCAGUUGGUGGUGGAGCAGCAUUUUCAGAGGCAGGAGCAGCGGCAGGAGGCGGGACUCGCCGACAGCCCUGAAACGCCCAGCCCAAUCACAGCACAGCGCUACGGCAACAGCGCCGCCGCCCCACCGUGGUCCAACCACAACUGCCCCGAGCCCAAUGGCAAUGACACGCGGGUCAGCCAACCCCUCGGCACACAGGGCGACCCGGGCGAUAGCCCUGCUGCUGGGGGGAGAGAGCAUCAGAGCGACAGCCAUGGAGCCCGUGCAGUGGAGGACAGGGACACCGCGCACUCCCACCCAAUCCCAGCCUCGCUGUCCCGGCAGGGCCUGUCUCACCUCGACCCGCUGUCUGAGUCCGAGGAGCUGUCAGCGGUGGGAGGUCCACCGCGCCGUAAAGACACACCCUACCAGCACCAGCCCCCCUUCACCCCAGGAGUGAAGCAGCUGAAGACACAGACGCAGUCCGAGAUGCCCUUCCCUGAGGAAGAUGAGGCCCUCAGCGAACAGGAAGAAGCAGCCGCAAAGUGAAUGCCCAUCUUGGAAAAGCCGGAGGUGCAUGAAGGUUUAAAAGAGCUAACUUAGGGUAUUUUUUUCUAAAGUGAACUUUAAUUUUUCUAUUAUUUCUCACUUUGUUUUUUUUUUUCAAUGGCACUCUUUAAUGAUUCAUGGCGUAGUGGUAAUACUGACGACCAACAAGUAACAAUGAGUUACGGGCAUUGAAAUCAUCAGCAGUCUCUGUGUCUCCUUUUCUUCAUUCCAAGUUUAGUUGGUAUUCUUGCCGUUCCUUUUUUAAAGGGGUUAGGACUAGGUUAUAGUUUAGGUUAAGGUUCUUGUUAUUUCAUGUGUUGAUGAUUGCUUUGAAAGAACCUGUAUGACAAUGUCACAGCAAUACUGUCGCAGCAUGCAGAAAGUGUGUCAGGCUGUGUACUGGUGGAUGUCUUCUCAUCACAGAGAGUAAAGCUUUAUUGAGUUUGUACCGGUAUAAUGGCAAAGACGUGUGCAUUCCUGACAAAUGUACUUGUACUAUUUUUGUAGUUUCUGCUGUUUCAUAUUGAGGCUGUCAAUGCAAUGAAUAUAUGUGAGACAUUGUGAAUGGAGUGGUGUGCAUUAGGAAUUGCAAUUUAUACUGUUUAUGAUGAGAUUCUGUAAAGUGGCUUUAGUAAAAACCCUGACUCUGUGAAAAAGACAUCUUUAUUUCAUACCGAGAAGAGAAAAUCUAUUGUUCAUACAAUGUGAAUGCCAGAAUUCCUCUUUAUAUAUAAUCCAAAUGAAAUCACAGGCGUUUGUGUGAGUUGAGUUAAACUAGAGGAGAACCACCAUCCUUGGAUUGUCAAAGAGCACAAAAACCCUACAGCUUGCUCUAAAAGGUUCCAAAAAAAAUACCCACACAUUAAAAGCUGAAAAGUGCCUUAACCUGAUUGAAUAACCAGGUCGAUAUUGGUCAUGAUAUCUUCAUGGUAACAACUUGAUAAGAUAGUUAACUGCAUAUGUAAGAUAGUCUGUUUCAAGAAAUAGAAAUCCUCUGUGUCAGUGUUAUGUACUGUAAGGAAUGAAAUUUUAGAAAUACUGUAUCUAUGUGAAUGAGACAUUUAGGUUCUAUUAUUAAAAUAAAUGUACCAAUUUUUGUUUAAAAGAACUAAGCAGGUGAAAGACUGUGUCUGCCUGCCCUAUUCGUAGACACAGCAUCUAGGGUCAAUACACAGCAACUACAGUUGUCAGAGGGAACUGGAAGAGUUUAUUAAUUACCUGAUGCGACUUGGUUGUGCUGGUCCUCCUAAUGACCCUUAAUGAACAAUAAUUCUCUGUUUAAUUCAAUGUAUUUCCACGAGUGAGAAUAACUUGUGAUUUGAAAAGGAAAUACAAAUGUAAUGGAAUCUCUGAUACUUGCCUGAUGUACUGGCAGCUUUCAUUCCUGAAUGUGUUUUUUUUAGAUGCAUGGCUUUUACUUGACCAAAAAUAAAUAUACCUGCUUUCUUUGCUU